AAAAAGACAAGAUCAUCAAGAUCAAGUCACAAUUGGAAGCAAAAAGCAUUGCAGUAAGCUUCCUACAUGUUUCCUCAGAUUACAAUCCGGCAGACAAAGGUACCAGAGGACUGACUGCAUCUGAGAUAAACAGCAGCUCGUGGAUUCAAGGUCCACAAUGGCUCAACAAAGAAGCCCACACAUGGCCAAUCAAGCACAUAAGUUGGCUCGAACAGGACAGGCAACUUGAUAAUUGUGAAAUUACAGUACAAGCUGUCAUAGCACCUGUCAUAGCUGAAAGAGAAGAAAAUGCAAACAUAUUAAUAGACUUAACGCAUUUUUCUAAACUCAAUCGUGCACUGCGAACAUUAGCUUUCGUUGCAAAACUCAUAAUAAACUGGGCAAAAGCCACAAAUAAGAAUCGAAACACAAACAUCUCCAUAGCUCUUGAAGAUCACUUCACAAACAGCCACGAAAUAAUAGCUGAAGAUAUAUCAGCAAGCGAAACCCUUAUUCUUGCACAAGAGCAUAAAAAUUUUCAAGUCGAUGAACUUCAGAAGCGCUUCACAAAUCAAAAAAUAUUACGUGACGGCAACGGAUUGAUUCGUUACGAAUCUCGAAUAACGAAUGCGUUGCUUCCCUACGACACAAAAUUUCCAAUUUUUCUACCUAACCAAUCAGAAGCAACAAGGCUGAUUAUAACCAACAUACAUGAGCAAAACGCACAUUGUGGAAAAGAGCAAACUCUCUCAAUACUAAGGCAACGUUUCUGGAUACCAAAACCUUCCAUAACAGAUGUGACUUUAUGGGACCGUUCCUAUCUACGACAAAUGAGAACAUGUACGUCUGCUUGUUCACGUGCCUUACAACAAGAGCCAUACACUUAG